AUUUUCACCCUAGAGGACGAUAUAUAUAUCUAUAAUAUUUUUUAAUCUGUAAUUAAAUUUAACUUGAGGGUUAUUUGAUCAAGAAUAAAUUAGCUAGCUACAACAUUUCGAAAUGAUUUAUUUCCAAUACUAUACUACGAUGGAAUCUAAUCCUACAUUUUUUUUAUAUAUAAAUAAUUGAUUAGUCCAUCAACUAAAAAAUGAAAAUUAUUGUGGAUUAUUUAAAUAAAGUCAUGUCUUAUAUACUUUUCAUUUGCUAUCAUUCACAAGUCCGAUGGAUAAGACAACAGAAAAUGGAAUAUAUAGGAAUUAACUGCUAAUUAAAAGUCUAAUUAAUAUGAUUUAUAAUGAAGGAGAGCUAAAAUAACAAAUUAAUAGAGGCCGCAAAUAGCAAGAAUAAAGGGGGUUGGAAAAUAAUGAGAAAGAAGAGGAGUGCAUAUAUGAUAUGUCGUGCUGAAAAGUCGGGAAGAACAAACAAGACCUUUCUCUUUCUCUCUCUGCAUAUGCAUUCUGAAAGAAAUCAAGAAGAGAGAGAUUAUAAUAAUUAAUGUAUUUGCGCGCUCCGUUGUCUUGUUGUAUUGUGAAUGGAUCAAGUAUUCAGCAAGGUCGGUUCUUAUUGGCUGGGCCAACAAACCAACAAGGAGGUUGCCUCUGUCGCCAACGAAAUCAAUUCAUUAUCAACCAGCAUCGAAGGGGGAGCAACAUGGUUGGUUAACAAGAUAAAAGGAAAAGUUCAGAAGCCAUUACCAGAACUUCUCAAGGAGUAUGACCUGGCAGUAGGUAUAUUCCCGCGUGAUGCGACAAAUUACGAGUUCGAUGAGGGAACGAGAAAGCUGACAGUGCACAUUCCAAAGGUGUGUGAAGUGGGGUACAAAGACCAGUCGGUGUUGCGUUUCUCAACAGUUGUAAAUGGUUAUCUAGAGAAAGGUAAGCUAUGGGAUAUAGAUGGAAUUAAGACAAAGAUGAUUGUGUGGAUAAAGGUGUCUUGUAUUUCAUGUGAUGAAACAAAGAUACAUGUAACUGCCGGUAUGAGGAAAUCCAGAAGCAGAGAUGCAUAUGAGCUUGUUCGAGAUGGGAUCACUGUCGACAAGUUCUAGCUAUAGUUACUACUACUGUAAUCUAUCUAUUUAUCUAUUCCUUUAUGAAAAGCUGUUUGUUGUUGUGUGUUUUGUGGCCUUAAAAGUUAAAAGCCACUCAUUAAUGAUUCAUUACACAAUGUUGCUGUUAUCAAAUAUCAACUAAC